AUGACCGUUCCAAGGGAAGGAAAACUAAUACGUAGCUGCACACGAAUCAACAAGAAUCCGGUCAAAGACAGAAGUCUUUCCGCCGGCGUACAAACUGAAGAACACAAAUCUCUCCACCUUCCAACCGAAUGUCUAUUCAACAUAUUCUCUUACCUUGCAGACGAAAGACAAUCAUUAUACUCAUGUAUAUUAGUUAACAGACAUUGGUGCAGGGCCGCUAUAUCUGUUCUAUGGUCUCGACCUUUUGUAUUGCUAUAUCUGAAAACAAAAAAGAAACACAAAUCACCCGACACUCCUCGGCGUGAACCAUUCAAAUUACUCCGCAUGUGUCUAGUUUGUCUAGGUCACGAAAAUUCUUCUCAUUUACUUAUGAAACUAAAAAAGCGAAAAGAGCGACCCUUGUUUGACUAUUUAUCGUUUAUAGAAGAGUUACACGUCAGAGAUCUAUGUCGAGCUGUAUUGCAAGGGCUUGCAUACAAGAAGAAAAAGAAGACUGUGAGGAACGUAAAAAUCAAGUUGGACAAGGUUCUCAGUAAAUUCACAGAACAGAUAACAAUGAGAACAUCACAUUCUUUCAAAGAAGAAAUUAAAGACGAUGCAUUGGGUGGGCUUACUGAAUUUGCUGGCACAAUGUGUCAACUACUUCUCAACAAUUGUCAUCGACUAAAGACGCUUUGCGUUCAAUUGGACAUUGAUCUUGAUGGAUUCGCUGAUCCAUAUCGCCGAAUUAAAGCAUACAUAGCCGACAGUCAUGGAUUAUCUACUCUGACAGAGUUUGAGUGGAGAGCGAAUGCGCCAUCAGCCGAACUGCUCCAGGCGCUGACCAACGCAACAUCAAAACUGACGACGGUCCGCGUAUAUCGUCUUCCGUUGACCAGUUGGGAUGAUACUCGAGUCGGAGAGAGCUUGAUCACGCUCAUUAGAGGCCAACGUAAAUUGGUUCACUUUGAGUUGGGGUGGACUGGUCGUGAUUGUACAUCUAUAGUAGAAGCGCUGGAGCAUCACUCGUCUACGUUACAGUCUCUUCAUUUUAUAGGGGUCAGCUUCCGAUCGUGGAAACCAUUGAAGAUUCUCUCGUCUACCACUCAAUUGCGGAGUAUAAAGUUUCAUGCCUGUAGGAAUGUGACGGCCGAACUACUCGACUCGUUAGCGCAUGGACGCUAUCCUUGUCUAACUUCACUAGAUUUCUGUGAUACAAGAGUGCCCUCGAGUCUAGUAGAGUCAAUGUUAAGUAACUGCGGUAACACAUUGGAGUCGGUUAAUCUGGGUGAGGCAGAGUCGUGUAGUUAUCUGAUCGAACUUGUCAACGUGCUCUGCCCCAAAGUUUCUCAUUUUGGCGCAGUUAUCGAGUCAGAGGACACACCGCUGCUUCUUAAAUAUCUACUUGAGCAUCAUCACAUGAAGUCGUUAGAAAUUUCCGGGCCAGUGGCAGACAUGGAUUGGCUGUUUUUGGCGCUUUCCAUACAAGAGUUUCCAAAUCUUAGACAUCUUACUAUAAAAGGUGCUCGGCAGCAGAUAUCGCCGCAAACGUUGGAAAUAUUUCUCAGCAAAUCGGGGCCACCCAUUGAACAACUGAAAUUAGUGCCGUGUUUUGGUAAAGGAGAUUGUUACACAGAAGUAGUAUUAAGGUUUCUGAAAGGUACGUUGAAAGACUUUAACAUGGUAGUGACUGAAAGUGGAAUGCGCGAGGAUUUGAUUAACCGCGCGGAAGAGACAAUUGAAAAAUUUGAGUGUGAAUUAAUGUGGUCGUGGAGUAUGCUCUCCAGAUAUUUACAGUAA